AAAAAAAAAAAAAAAAAAAUAUAUACAUAUAUGUAUAUAUGUAUAUUUUUUUUCUUUUAAGGAUUUUUUUUCAAAAUCUAAAAAAAAUCUCACACCCAAAUGUCAUUGGAUUUAUUGUUUUUUGGGGGGGAUAUACUAUGAUUUGCAAAUCCUUUUCGACUUAUAUUCAAUUGAAUACACGUAGACAAACUUUAAUGAUCUACAAAGGAAAUUGUUCUGCAUAGAAUGUGGAAUUGUUCUUGUUCCACACAGGAAUAGACUGCAAAGACAAGAUAUUUAAUGUUCGAACUGGAAAAUUUUACUAUUUUUUGCAAAUAUUAGCUCAUUUGGAACUUGAUGCCUGCAACAUGUUUCAAAAAAGCUGGCACAAGUGGCAAAAAAGACUGAGAAAGUUGAGGAAUGCUCGGUUGGUAGAGCGGCCGUGCCAGCAACUUGAGGGUUGCAGGUUCGAUCCCCGCUUCUGCCAUCCUAGUCAAUGCCGUUGUGUCCUUGGGCAAGACACUUUACCCACCUGCUCCCAGUGCCACCCACACUGGUUUAAAUGUAACUUAGAUAUUGGGUUUCACUAUGUAAAGCGCUUUGAGUCACUUGAGGAAAAAGCGCUAUAUAAAUAUAAUUUCACUCCACUUCACUUCAUCCAACACUUAUUGUCGUAAUAGGGGCCGUGGUGUGGUUUGUUUUCCCGGAAUGCAAAGGGACUGGACCGGUCGUGGCAUGAAGCAGGUUCAAGGAAACACAGCUGGCUCCACAACAUCUGGAUCAGACCAUCCAAUCAUUUGGGCAUCCAACACCAUGGCAGCCACCUCCAUCAAAACCACAUCUUUGCCAACUUCCACCAAGCCCAUCACAACUACGAGCCCUACGAUCAUUACUACGUCUGCAACCACCACCAAAACGGUCACCUCGAACAGAGCCGUGACGACAAAGACGAUCACGCAAAAACCAAUGACUUCAUCCUCUACCUCCAGUCCUAACACUAGACCUGGCAACGCAGCUCCAACCUCAUCGCCAACCGAUAUUGCGAUGAUCUCAACAACUAUCGCAGAGUCCAUGACCAGCACCAGCUCUCUGACUCACCCUUGGUCUUACGCCACUACAACCAUUCCACCAUCCACCAAAAUGGCGACCACUUAUAUCAAAACGGCAUCUUUGCCAACUUCCACCGACCCGAUCACAACUACAGGCCCUAGGAUCGUUACAACGUCUGCAACCACCACCAAAACGGUCGCCUCGAGCAGUGCCGUAACGACAAAGACAAUCACGCCAAAACCAAUGACUUCACCCUUAACCUCCAGUCUUAACACUUCUCCAGGCAACACAGCUGCAACUUCAUCGACACCUGAUAACGCGAUGACCUCAACAACCACGGCACACGCCAUGACCGGCACCCCAAAUUCUCCUUUGAACUUUCCUACAACCGGCCCUCAAAAUGCCACGGCAACAAGAAAACCGACGACCAUCCAUACGACAGCAAACAACAGAGGCUUUGGACUCACAGAAUCUUUGCUGUUAUUGGGUGUGUCACUUCUUCCCAUUAUUGUCUAAAGAACAAAAAUGCCCUAAAGACUUUUUUUUCAUCUUAAAAAUUCCGUUACUCAGGCAGAGGUCAAUCUGAAAACCAAAACCAAUGACUUCACCCUCAACCUCCAGUCCUAACACUUCUCCCGGCAACACAGCUGCAACUUCAUCGACACCCGAUAACCUCAACAACCACGGCACACGCCAUGACCGGCACCCCGAAUUCUCCUUUGAACUUUCCUACAACUGGCCCUCAAAAUGCCACGGCAACAGGAAAACCGACGACCAUCCAUAAGACAGCAAACAACAGAGGCUUUGGACUCACAGAAUCUUUGCUGUUAUUGGGUGUGUCACUUCUUCCCAUUAUUGUCUAAAGAACAAAAAUGCCCUAAAGACUUUUUUUUCAUCUUAAAAAUUCCGUUACUCAGGCAGAGGUCAAUCUGAAAACCAAAACCAAUGACUUCACCCUCAACCUCCAGUCCUAACGCUUCUCCCGGCAACACAGCUGCAACUUCAUCGACACCCGAUAACCUCAACAACCACGGCACACGCCAUGACCGGCACCCCGAAUUCUCCUUUGAACUUUCCUACAACUGGCCCUCAAAAGGCCACGGCAACAAGAAAACCGACGACCAUCCAUACGACAGCAAACAGAGGCUUUGGACUCACAUAAUCUUUGCUGUUGUUGGUUGUGUCACUUCUUCCCAUUAUUGUCUAAAAAACAAAAAUACCCCAAAGACUUUUUUUUCAUCUUAAAGAUUCCGUUACUCAGACAGAGGUCAAUCUGAAAAACGAGAAGAAUUCUGGAAAUCCAGGAGAAAAUAAUAAUGAUUCAAUACAAAAAGUUUUUUCAACCCUUGCGUAAUGUUCAUAUUGUUGUUACUCAGCCAGCGUUUGUGGGCAGUUUGUGGCUUUUAAAGUCCUACUGAAAGCCACUACUACCCACCAUGCAGUCUGAUAGUUUAUAUAUCAAUGAUGAAAUAUUAACAUUGCAACACAUUUAGUUUACUAAGUUGCAAUUUUAAAUUUCGCGCGGAAGUAUCAUGCUAAAACGUCGCGGUAUGAGUGCGAGUGACGUCACGCAUUGUAGAGGACAUUUUGGUCCAGCACCGUUCACAGCUAACAGUCGUCUCUUUUCAUCGCAUAAUUCCACAAUAUUAUGGACAUCUGUGUUGCUGAAUCUUUUGCAAUUUGUUCAAUUAAUAAUGGAGACGUCAAAGAAGAAAGAUGUAGGUGGGAAGCGGUUGUAUUGCGGCCGCCUUUAGCAACACAAACAUAGCCGGUGUUUCCUUGUUUACAUUCCCGAAAGAUGACGGUGAAGCUUUACUAUGGAACAGAGUGGUCAAGCGAACAUGGUUCCCUACCUCAUGUCAACCGGCAUGUUUCGGUGAGAAAAUAGUGGUAAUAAGUCGGCUCUUACCGUAGAGAUGAGCGGAGAGCUUGCGUCGUUCCUCGACGCAGUUGCGGACUCUCUAGGUCUCCUCCCACCGUCGGAUGCUUCCAACGUGGAGGACGAGAAACGUGGCUUCCCUCGGAGACAAUGGCGGUCGUCCCACCUGUGGCCACACCUCUCCGACCUUCAGGUUGUACAGGUAGAUAGAUAGAUAGAUAGAUAGAUAGAUAGAUAGAUAGAUAGAUAGAUAGAUAGAUAGAUAGAUAGUACUUUAUUGAUUCCUUCAGGAGAGUUCCUUCAGGAAAAUUAAAAUUCCAGCAGCAGUGUACAGAGUUGAGAUCAAUAAAAAAAAUAAAAAUAAAAAAAAAUAAAAAAUAAAAUAAAAAAAUUGAAAAAAAAAAAGUAAAUAAUGGGGGUUUAAAAGGAAACAAAAUAGAGAAAUAUUACAAAAAGAAUAAAAACAAUGGGAAUAACAAUAUAACAGUAAAAUAAGAAUAUAACAAGACAAAGUAGGCAGUAGUGACCAUGUUAUGAAAAAAAAAUGGUACGACCAUAUAAUCUCACUAAAACACUAGUAACACAAUAAGCAGAUAAGGGAUUUUCCAGAAUUAUGCUAGUAAAUUUGUCUAUAACAUCUGAAUCGCUCUGCCGUCUAGUUUUUUUUAUUUUUCCUAGUCCUUCACUCUCACUUUCCUCAUCCACGAAUCUUUCAUCCUCGCUCAAAUUAAUGGGGAAAUCGUCGCUUUCUCGGUCCGAAUCGCUCUUUCUGCUGGUGGCCAUGAUUGUAAACAAUGUUCAGAUGUGAGGAGCUCCACAACCCGUGACGUCACGCGCACAUCGUCUGCUACUUCCGGUACAGGCAAUGCUUUUUUAUUAGUGACCAAAAUUUGCGAACUUUAUCGUCGAUGUUCUCUACUGAAUCCUUUCAGCAAAAAUAUGGCAAUAUUGCAAAAUGAUCAAGUAUGACACAUAGAAUGGACCUGCUAUCCCCGUUUAAAUAAGAACAUCUCAUUUCAGUAGGCUUUUAUUGCCUCACAAUCAAACACUUUUAUAUUAAAAUACUGAACAGUUGUUUAUUGGGAUAAGGUAAACAUCUGUUCAGUAUUUUUACAUAAAAGUGUUUGAUUGUGAGUCAUUAAAAGACACAAAAUGCAAGGGGUCCGUCAGACCCACAAACACUGGCUGAGUAACAACAAUGUGAACGUUGCACGGAAAAAUUCUCUGCCAGUUUCUGCAUCCCACAGGAAUUCUUCUUUUGUGUUUCUGCACCUGCAAUUCCCAUACAAGGUUGCAACACUGUCUGCUCUCAUUUUCUCGCACAUUUGAACUUCUGAUGUUCUGUGUACCUACACUCUGUCCUCCUCCUGUCUAGGUGUGUGUGACUGGGUGUGUGUGGUACACAGAACAUCAAUUUCCACACUUCUAUUUGCCUAGUGGACCCGGAUAUCUUAUAUGUAAUAGAAAUGUGUAGCGGGGGUGUAUGGUGUGUGGUCAUUAAAGGGGAACAUUAUCACCAAACCUAUGUAAGCGUCAAUAUAUACCUUGAUGGUGCAGAAAAAAGACCAUGUAUCUUUUUAACCGAUUUCCGAACUCUAAAUGGGUGAAUUUUGGCAAAUUAAAUGCCUUUCUGUUUAUCGCUCUUUUAGCGAUGACGUCAGAAUGUGACGUCACCGAGGUAACACACCCGCCAUUUUCAUCUUCACAUUACAAACACCGGGU